AACUCCAUUCGAUUGACGACUAAUCCAUUGAAACCAUCCACUACUAGAAGACAUCAUCAUGCCCCCCAUAGCCACUCAGACUGUCACAUCUCCAACCAAUGAGGAGCGAAAUGCUACUCUGAAACUCCGUGGAUCGUCUCCUCCCUCGGAAGCUUCGUCUGGUCGAUCUCGCUUGACUGCGCCGAUGCAGUAUCAGGGUCUGCUGGACAAGUACGAGAGUUUCGAGCUCACACCUUCGCUGGGCAGAGAGUUCAAGGAUCUGCAAUUGACCGAUCUGCUGAAGGCUCCGAACUCUGAUGCACUCCUCGCGGACCUCGCUGUUCUUAUCAGUCGCCGCGGUGUCGUAUUCCUCAGGGAUCAGAACAUCUCCAGCGAAGACAUGAUGGAGCUGUCCAAGCGGUUGGCUGACGCGACCCAAAGACCGAGGGAAUCAACUCUCUCCAUUCAUCCCCUCGAAUCAGAUACUGCGCCUGAGAUUAUGGUCGGAGGAAAUCCCAAGACGACGGACAUUUCAGCAUCUCGACAGCGAAAAUCUGGAGGAAUCUCAAGAUUUUACGAUGACGUCUCUCGAUGGGCUAGUCAGGCUUUCCAUACGGAUAUCAGCUUUGAGAAUGUCCCUGCGGAUUACUCCAUGCUCAAGAUCAACACGCUUCCACCUACGGGUGGGGAUACCAUGUGGAUCAAUACCUAUGAUCUCUUAGACAAGAUGUCCCCUUCGUUUCAGGAGUAUCUGAGUACCUUGGAAGCUGAGCACUCGGCCGAGUUCUUCCACGACGAAGCCAGGAGACUGGGUAUCAAGAUUCGACCAGAGAGGGAGCGAGGUCAUCCUCUGAAUAAAGGGGACCACUUGACUGCCGUGCACCCAGUCGUCCGAACAAAUCCUGUUACUGGAUGGCGAAGCAUAUAUCUCAACAAAGGGUUCACUAAGCGCAUCCUCGGUGUCACGAAGGAUGAACACGACAUGAUCUUUGACUAUAUCAACCGUGCUGGAUUCCAAAAUCACGAUAUCCAAUGCAGAUUCCGAUGGGGCAAGGGAUCCGUGGCUAUUUGGGACAAUAGGUGUACAUGGCAUUGCGCUACGUUUGACUAUGAAGAGGAGCGAGCGGGAGAACGAGCGAGCUCAAUCGGCGAAGUACCGUACUUUGACCCAAAGAGUGUGAAUCGAAAGCAUGGUCUUGCUCAGGAGGGCAAGGCCUGGUGAUAGGUAGUUUUUGAGAAUGCAUGUUGUAUUGACUGGAUAGGCCGAGCUGCCUUCAUGCAGUCCACCCCAAUGCCUCGAACUAUAAUGAGUGCGAUGAGGUUGACGCACGGCUCAGUGACCG